AUGUCGAUUCCCCCGCAGCUCAUCCGGGUCAAGCGCAAACGGGACGACGAGUCUCCCGUCACUUUCCUCCAGCUCGAAGAAGGGGCCAAGCGCCACCGCAGCGACCGCAAUUGGGUGUAUCAGCGACGAGAGUCCCAGGCCGCACCGUCAGGCCCGGCCGUGAGCCGCAGCGAUGGCAAACCCGUCAUCCACGUCUCGCAACCGGAAGAUCGUCCCUCGCCGAUAAGAACACACAGCGACGGCCGUGUUUCAAGUUCAACAAGCGAUAUCCGGGGAACCGCGAAGCGAUCCGACGAUGGCCAGCUUCCGGAACAGCGCAAGUUCCAUGUAUCGCGGGCGAUGUUGGCGCAGGCGUCCGCCGCCCAAGGGCCGACCAGCGCAGGAAUCUCGAAACAUGCGCGGCAUGGGCCAACCAUCUUUGUCGAGCGUACAGGCCGCAAAAAGAUUAUCCCACGAUCCUCGCGACAGAGUCUCGUCAUCAGAGAUGCCCAGGCAGUCAUUACAAAAGGCCCCUCUCAGGAGGUGGUGGCGACCUCCGACGAGCACAUCGAGCAGAGACACCUCAAGAAGCCUGGAAUCGCAAAGCGGCGUGAUCCUUCCCAGGAGCCACCAGCCCGCCAUCCUCUCCCGCAGUCGCUGAUCAACCGCCAUACUGAGGACAUGGACAAGAUUACCGCUGACAUGAAUCAAUGGGUACUGGACGAGAUUGGUGCAAACUUACACGCCAUGGAGGUUGAGAAGAAGCAGGCGGAGAAGCCCAGAUUCAGGCCCAAGGCCCCGGAAAAGAGAUAUCAAGAGCGCCAUCCGGCUGUUGCUGUAGCGCCAGAUAGCCCGGCCGGGGAGACGGCAGAUACCCCCAUGGCUGAUGCGAGUGAGGAAGAAGGGGACGAUGCGGACUGGAUCAUCGAGGAAUACGUGCGCAUCCCCGCUCACACUAUGGACGUCAAUGUGCUACCGUCUGAUGUUGGCCUCUUGGUUUUGGAUGGAGAAGAAGAGAACAUGCUGUUUUACGGGCCACCCCAAGACGAAGAUGAUGAGUAUGCAGAAGAUGACGAGGACGAAAAUGCGGAAAACUACUACACGGCAGAUUACCCAGAGGAUGAAGUGGAUACUGAGGAUGAGUACGACCGCCACGCCUACAUGUACCGGAACGCCAAUGCCUCAGACGAAGAAGAGUUCGACGACAACGAAUACGACAGCGACGAGUUUGCCAUGGAAGGGCAGGACGACGACGAUGAUGACGCAAGGAUGGACCGUAUUCGACAAUUCAUGCAACGCAACGCCGCCUUUCGAUAG